AUGCCUGGCUUGGUAUCAGCAACCGGCGUGCUCGCCUUCCUGGCCGAUGAGGAGCCCGAGCUCCGAGUCUUCGCCUUGCAGACGCUCAACGACGACAUCGACACCGUCUGGACCGAGGUCGCCGGCAGCUUGAGCCAGAUCGAGGCCCUCUACGAAGACGAGUCCUUCUCCGAGCGUCAGCUUGCAGCUCUUGUGCUUGCCAAGGUGUACUACCAUUUGCAGGCGUACAAUGACAGCAUGGUCUUUGCCCUGGCCGCAGGGGACCUGUUCAAGAUUGAAGCUCCCGGAGAGUUCGAGGAGACCAUCAUCUCCAAGUGCGUGGACCAGUACAUCGCCGCCACGUCCGCCAAGCAUACCGCUCCCAAAACCGCCAAGCCGUCAGACCUGCCUGAGCUGUCAACCACCUUUGCCAGCUCCACCGAAGGCGCCGUCCUGUCUCCCACGACUCCCUUCUCCCAGACUACCCUGCCGCCGAAAUCUCUACUUUCUCGCGCUUCCAUCGACAACACCAUACUAGACGCAACCUUCCAGCCUGUGACAAAGGAAGGCCGCGCGGGAUCUAUUACUCAGCUGCCCAACAAUGUGGCCGAGGCUUCUCUGCAGAGAAUCAUCGACCGCCUGUUCGAGAGCUGCUUAAAGCAGGGCCGGUACAGGCAAGUCGUUGGUAUUGCUGUUGAGGCCAAGAAUCUCGAUAUCCUAAGGCGAAUUAUCAAGCGCGCCAGCGAGGAUGAGAAAUUGUCCAAGGCCAAGGGAACUGAUGGCCAGCCCGGUCCCGCCGAAGAGCUGAUGGAGUACAUUCUGGGCAUAUGCAUGGAUGUCGUUCAAGAGAGAGCCUUCCGCACAGAGAUCUUGCGGUUAAUUCUUGAUCUGUUAAGCGACAUCCCGAACCCCGACUACUUCGCCAUCGCCAGAUGCGUCGUCUACCUCAACGCAGACGAGGAGGCAUCACGAAUGCUCCGGAACCUUGUUGCCAAGGACGACCGCACUGCGACCGCCAACGCAUAUCAAAUCGCAUUUGAUCUUUACGACAACGGCACACAGGAAUUCCUCGGCAAGGUCUUGACUUCUCUUCCCUCUGGGGAGCCCCCAAAGAAGGAGGAGGGAGCUGAGGGCGGUGACAAGGCCGAGGAGAGCGAAUCGCUUUUGGCGAACCAACAGAGCGCACCUGAAGAUGAGCUUCCCGAAGAGGUGGCCAAGGUUUACCGCAACAUUCGGUCUAUCCUCGACGGCUCCAAGACUAUCCGCCUGAACCUCGAAUUCCUCUACCGCAACAACCACACGGAUCUGAGCAUUCUCAACAAGGUCCGAGACAGCCUGGAGGGUCGUAAUUCCAUCUUCCACACUGCUGUCACCUUUUGCAAUGCUUUCAUGAACCAGGGCACGACAAAUGACAAGUUCUUCCGAGACAACCUCGAGUGGCUCGGAAAGGCUGUCAACUGGUCCAAGUUCACUGCUACAGCUGCCCUCGGAGUUAUCCACCGUGGUAAUCUGUCGCAGUCUCGAAAGCUUCUCGAGCCGUAUCUUCCCAAGCAAGGUGGCCUCAGCAAUGGGUCCAUCUUUAGCCAAGGAGGUGCUCUGUAUGCCUAUGGCCUCAUCCACGCCAAUCACGGUGCAGGAGCCCUGGAGUAUUUGAAGAUGCAAUUCAGCCAAGCUGAAGAGGAAGUCGUCCAGCAUGGUGGCGCCCUGGGCUUGGGUAUUGCUGGUAUGGGCACCGGUGACAGCGAGAUUUUCGAGAAGCUUAAGGAUGUUCUCUUCCAAGACUCUGCUCUCAAUGGCGAAGCUGUUGGUCUGGCCAUGGGUUUGAUCAUGCUUGGCACCGGAAACGUCAAGGCCCUGGAGGACAUGAUUACGUAUGCUCACGAGACAACCCAUGAAAAGAUUGUCCGCGGUGUGGCUAUUGGUAUGGCUCUGAUCAUGUACGGCCGCCAAGAGGGCGCCGAUGUCUUGAUCGAGGGCCUGCUCAACGACCCUGAUCCCACUCUGCGCUAUGGUGGUAUCAUGACCGUUGCUCUGGCCUACUGCGGCACUGGCAGCAACAAGGCUAUUCGAAAGCUGCUUCACACUGCUGUGAGCGAUGUCAACGAUGAUGUUCGCCGAAUUGCCGUCAUGAGUCUGGGCUUCAUUCUCUUCCGCAAGCCCGGCAGCGUCCCCCGUAUGGUUGAGCUCCUGUCUGAAUCUUACAACCCGCACGUCCGGUACGGUUCCGCCAUGGCACUGGGUAUUUCUUGCGCUGGCACCGGACUCGACGAGGCCAUUGACCUUCUCGAGCCCAUGAUGAAGGAUCCGACCGACUUUGUCCGACAGGGUGCCCUCAUCUCACUUGCCAUGAUCAUGGCACAGCAAAAUGAAGUCAUGAACCCCAAGGUGUCUUCCAUUCGAAAAACGCUUAAGAAGGUGGUUGGUGACCGACACGAGGAUGCCAUGACCAAGUUUGGCGCUGCCCUUGCUUUGGGUAUCAUCGACGCUGGUGGUCGCAACUGCACCAUUGGCCUGCAAACCCAGACCGGCAACUUGAACAUGGCCGGUAUCGUUGGUAUGGCGGUCUUCACCCAGUACUGGUACUGGUUCCCUUUCACCCACUUCCUGUCUCUCAGCUUUUCGCCGACCGCCAUUAUCGGCCUUGAUCACGACCUGGAGAUGCCAGACUUCAAGUUCCACUGCGCCACUCGCCAGAGCCUGUUUGAUUAUCCCCCGGAGCAAGAGGUCAAGACAGAAGAGGGACCAGCUCUUAUUGCGACUGCCAUUUUGUCCACCACAGCUCAGGCUAAGAGGAGAGCCCAGAAGAAGGAACGGGCUCAGCGUCGUGAAAGCAUGGACAUCGACAGUGCCCCAGCUAAGAGUGGAGACAAGAUGGAAGUCGACGACGACAAGGUCAAGGAAGAGACAAAGGACAAGAAGGAGUCUGACGACAAGGAUACGGCAUCCACCGACGCCAAGAAGAAGCCCGAGAAAGAAAAGGUUGGCUACGAAAUUGAAAACAUGAGCAGAGUCCUGCCUGGCCAACUGAAGUAUAUCAGCUUCCCAGCUGGUCGCUACAAGCCAGUCAAGAAGCCAACUGGUGGCCCUCUCCUUCUUGAUGAUACCCAGCCUGACCAACCCAAGUCUCUUCUUGAAGAGAAGCUGAAGAAGGUGACCACCGAACGCGCCCCUGUAGCCGGACAACAGCCUAGCAGAGGUGGCGCAGGUCGCACCGCGGGCUCUGGCAGAUCUAUUCUCGAGGGCAUCGUCGACCCUAAUAGCAGAGGCGUCAACCCCCUCAUGGAGCAGCUUCUACGGAGCCAGGGACGCUCUCCCUUUGGCGGUCUUGUAGACCCCAGCACUCCUGGUGGUGAUAUUGGCUCAGGGGCGGCGGCGGCAGCUGGCGUGCUCACUGCCGUAGAUGAAGAUGGCGAAGGUGAUGAGGAAGCUGGUGUGCCCAACGCAUUCGACUACUUCUCCGACGGAGACGACGAAGAUGAAGAGUAGGUGGUCUUGUUCUAAUGUCGUGGCGACGAAUGCUAGGCGGGGAAUGCGGUAGCUUUACAGAUUUGUAUCAAUAUACAUACGAAUUAGAAGGGGGCGGCUGGCUGGCUAGAUUUAUUUCGGGCGAGUCUUUUGAAAAUCAAGGACGAUGAGCAGCGGACAAGAGAGGGCGUUGAAGGGAUUGAACGGAACGAAGAGAUAAACCAAAAAAGUGAUAAUACAACAUUUAGUCUUCUAUAUGCUGUUGAAGCAAGUGUGUAUGAUGUAUAACAUCAAGACAAAAGAUUGGUUAAUUAACUCUAUUGUCAUGUAGCCUAGUAGCUUGUCGAUUCUAAUCUGUCCAAAGGGUAUAAGAUGUACAAAUAAAAAGAAAGAAAAAAGGAGACAAAGAAAAGACAUCGAACUCCUGCCCUUAUGACCCGGCUCUGUCUACGCUAUGCUAAUUCGUACAUCCGUGAUUGGAUUGAACGAAGCGCACUUACGAUUUUAAACCAAAGAGAAAAGGUAAAGACAAAAAAAAAAAAGGGAAGAACAAGUGACAAAGAAGAAGAAUAUCAUUCUCAUUCUUUUCCAUCUUGAGAAUCAUCGCUCUUCUUCUUCUUCUUCACAAUGAUUGCAUUGGGGGAACAAUCAGUGCAGACCUGGACUCGAUGCCAGGCAGUCGCGAGAUUGCCUCGAAAGUUCCACGUCGCAGCAUGGCUCUCGGGCUGAGUAUUGUAAACCUCAUCUGUUGCCUUGAUAGCAACCAUAGUACACUUCUUGUUGUUUUUCGUAGUUACAGCGUUCUCGUUGGCGCCCCUUGUCGCAGCACCUCUUCUAAUGGUGUUCUUGUCCUCGUCGCUCUCCUGGUUGGACGUUGCGUCUUGUGGACUUUUGAAUGCUUCCAAGGGUAUAUCUCCGUUGAAUUUCCACUGUUUCCAGCUCCAGGCCUUGCCAUCUACCUUUGGCGCUUGGUCGGGGAGCAGAUUCGCU